AUGUCUCGUCUUACUGAAGAACGUAAUCAAGAUGCUACUGUAUAUAUAGGAAACUUGGAUGAAAGAUGUACUGAAGCACUAAUCUGGGAAUUAAUGCUUCAAGCUGGUCCCGUUGUUAAUGUCCAUUUACCAAAAGAUCGUGUUACUCAAACACAUCAAGGUUAUGGAUUUUGCGAGUAUAUGAGUGAAGAUGAUGCUGAUUACGCAAUAAAAAUAAUGAAUCAAAUCAAAUUAUAUGGGAAACCAAUACGUGUUAACAAAGUAUGUAGGAAUUUGGAUCCAGAUGUAGAUGAAAAAAUGUUAUAUGAUACUUUCAAUCCUGAUACUGGAAAUAGUAAAGGGUACGGCUUCAUUUCAUAUGACAAUUUUGAUUCAUCGGAUGCUGCAAUUGAUGCUAUGAAUGGCCAAUAUUUGAUGAAUAAACCAAUUACUGUUUCAUAUGCAUUCAAAAAGGAUGGUAAAGGCGAACGUCAUGGGAGUGCAGCUGAAAGAUUAUUGGCAGCACAAGCAAAGAAAAACCAAAGUUUGCCAAAUCGUUUAUUUGCUGAUAUUCAUCCUGUUACUCAAGUACUACAACCAUCACUUAAUAAAUUUAUAUAG